CAUGUACGGCCUGUGGAAGUUCCUGGGCUAGGGGUAAUAUUGGAGUUAAAGCUGCCGGCCUACAACACAGCCACAGCAACACAGGAUCCAAGCUGCACCUGCCACCUACACCACAGCUCACUGCAACGCCGGAUCCUUAACCCACUGAGCAAGGCUAGGGAUCAAACCCGCAUUCUCAUGGAUACUAGUUGGAUUUGCUUCCACUGUGCUGCAGUGGGUACUCCCACAAGCAGUUUUUUAAAACCUACUGCCUUCUGACAUCUGAGCCCCAAGCUCAACUCAGCCUACCUUACAGCAGCAAGUUGAUAUUUUUAUUUAUUUAUUUUGCUUUUUAGGGCCGUACCCACAGCACAUGGAAGUUCCCAGUCUAGGGGUACAAUUGGAGCUACAGCUGCCUGCCUACACCACAACUACAGCAACACUGGAUUGGAGCCAUGUCUGCAACCUACACCACAGCCCACAGCAAUGCCAGAUCCUUAACCCACUGAGUGAGGCCAGGGAUCGAACCCGCAACUCCAUGGUUCCUAGUUGGGUUCGUUUCCCCUGUGAGCCACAUCAGGAACUCCAGGGUUAUAUCCAUAUUUUAAAUCACGUUUGGUAUUCUGUACUUAGUUACCUUUCCCUACUAUUCGCAUUUGAAAUACUGUAAACCUGACUUGGUCAGUGUUUCCAUUAAAACAUUAGGGCUCAUGUUGUGUAUAUUCUUUUUUUCCUAAUGGUUUUACAGACAAGGACUCUAGUAGUCCUAGGAGGGGGAAAAACGCUGCCAUUAGAUAACCAGAGUUAACACGAGGAUGAAAUUGGUGUUUCUGGAAUUAUGGCUUCUCUAAACAAGUCAGUCCCAUGAAGGGAAAUGUAUCACUCUCUUAGAAUCAUGAUUGUUACGUCUGUGAUCUGCCAUCUCAAAAUUUCAGUUUCUGGUGAUGGGCAGCAGUUACCCUUACACAUGAAAUAAAACAUGUAGUAGAGGAAGCUGAGGUUACUGGGGUGCAGAGCCCUCCCUCAUUAAACACCUGCCCGCUGGUUGGCUUGAAUGCACCAGGCUCUUUCCACGUUAAGCGAACGCAGGUUUUCCUGGGUAGCCAGAGGUCUGGACUGGGACCAGAGGGCAAGGGUGGUGCCCGCUUGUAGCUUUUGAGACUGGGUGACCUCCUGGCCAUCGUGCCUGUCUCUGUCCCUGGCCUUUCGCAGAAUCAGCGUCAAACUUCUCACUUUAUUUAGGGAGGGAUUUGCCCGGCAGCCACCAGCUAGGAGGAGAAGGGAGAGCCUCGGAAGCACAGCUUUUAGCGUUCAGCUCCUGCUCAAAAUUAAAAGCAGCGGGGCUUCAGAGAGCCUCCGGUGUUCCAAGAAAAGCUGCCCGGGGCCUGGAAGGCGCCCUUUGGAAGUCGGAACCUUUGGUUCCAGGCCAGGGACGGCGCGGACAGCACCUGGGGCUUUCCGGGAAGAGGGGUAAGCGCGCGACCAUGGCGGCGGCACCGGCCGUGAAGCACUGGCGCACUACGCUGGAACGGGUGGAGAAAUUCGUGUCGCCGGUUUACUUUACCGACUGUAACCUCCGGGGCAGGCUCUUCGGAGACAGCUGUCCAGUAGCUGAGCUCUCCAGCUUCUUGACGCCGGAAAGGCUUCCCUACCAGGAGGCAGUGCAGCAGGACUUCCGCCCCGCGCAGGUCGGAGACAGCUUCGGACCCACAUGGUGGACCUGUUGGUUCCGGGUGGAGCUGACCAUCCCAGAGGCAUGGGUGGGUCAGGAAGUUCACCUUCGUUGGGAAAGUGAUGGAGAAGGCUUGGUGUGGCGUGAUGGGGAACCUGUCCAGGGUUUGACCAAAGAGGGAGAGAAGACCAGCUAUGUCCUGACUGACAGGCUGGGGGAAGAAGACCCCCGGAGCCUGACCCUCUACGUGGAAGUAGCCUGCAAUGGGCUCCUGGGGGCCGGCAAGGGAUCCAUGAUUGCAUCCCCUGACCCAGAGAAGAUGUUCCGGGUGAGCCGGGCUGAGCUGGCUGUGUUCCACCAGGAUGUCCACAAGCUCCUGGUGGAUCUAGAGCUGCUACUGGGCAUAGCCAAGGGCCUUGGGGAGGACAACCAGCGCAGCUUCCAAGCCCUGUACACAGCCAACCAGAUGGUGAACGUGUGUGACCCUGCCCAGCCUGAGACCUUCUCAGUGGCCCAGGCCCUGGCUUCCAAGUUCUUUGGCCAACGUGGGGGUGAAAGCCAGCAUACCAUCCAUGCCAUGGGGCACUGCCACAUUGAUACAGCCUGGCUUUGGCCCUUCAAGGAGACGGUGCGGAAAUGUGCCCGGAGCUGGGUGACAGUCAUUCAGCUCAUGGAGCGGAAUCCCGAGUUCAUCUUUGCCUGCUCCCAGGCGCAGCAGCUGCAGUGGGUGAAGAGCCACUACCCUGGCCUGCAUGCCCGGCUCCAGGAGUUCGCCUGCCGUGGGCAGUUUGUGCCUGUGGGGGGUACCUGGGUGGAGAUGGAUGGGAACCUUCCCAGUGGAGAGGCCAUGGUGAGGCAGUUCCUGCAGGGCCAGAACUUCUUCCUGCAGGAGUUUGGGAAGAUGUGCUCUGAGUUCUGGCUGCCAGACACUUUCGGCUACUCGGCGCAGCUCCCCCAGAUCAUGCGCAGCUGUGGCAUCAGGCGCUUCCUCACCCAGAAACUGAGCUGGAACUUGGUGAACUCCUUCCCGCACCAUACCUUUUUCUGGGAGGGGCUGGAUGGCUCCCGUGUGCUGGCCCACUUCCCGCCCGGUGACUCAUAUGGGAUGCAGGGCAGUGUGGAGGAGGUGCUGAAGACUGUGACCAAAAACCGGGACAAGGGGCGGACCAACCACAGUGCCUUCCUCUUUGGCUUUGGGGAUGGGGGUGGCGGCCCCACCCAGACCAUGGUGGACCGCUUGAAGCGGCUGCGCGAUACAGAUGGGCUGCCCAGGGUGCAGUUUUCUUCUCCCGAGCGACUCUUCUCAGCGUUGGAGACCCACUCGGGGCAGCUGUGCACUUGGGUCGGGGAGCUCUUCUUGGAGCUACAUAAUGGCACCUACACCACCCAUGCCCAGAUCAAGAAGGGAAACCGGGAGUGUGAGCGGAUUCUGCAUGACGUGGAGCUGCUCAGCAGCCUGGCCCUGGCCCGCAGUGCCCAGUUCCUGUACCCGGCAGCCCAGCUGCAGGACCUCUGGAGGCUCCUGCUCCUGAACCAGUUCCAUGAUGUGGUGACUGGAAGCUGCAUCCAGCUGGUGGCAGAGGAAGCCAUGUGCCACUAUGAAGACAUCCGGUCCCAUGGCAACACAUUGCUCAGUGCCGCAGCUGCAGCCCUGUGUGCUGGGGAGCCAGGUCCCGAGGGCCUCCUCAUUGUCAACACGCUGCCCUGGAAGCGCACUGAAGUGUUGGCCCUGCCCAGGCCUGGCGGGGCCCACAGCCUAGGUCUCAUCCCCAGCCCUGGUGACAGUACCCAGCAUGGGCUAUGCUCCUGCUCCCACCCCGACCUCAUUGCAGCCCCCGCUGCCCCAGCAGCCUGUGUGUGUAAUGCAAGAGCCCCUGCAGACUUAGCCUCAAGGCCCCCUCUCACCAAGACGGAUGGUUCUGUGACUCUGGACAACGGCAUAAUCCGGGUGAGGCUGGACCCAAUCGGCCGUCUGACGUCCCUGGUCCUGGUGGCCUCUGGCAGGGAGGUCAUUGCUGAGGGCACCGUGGGGAACCAGUUUGUGCUGUUUGAUGAUGUCCCCCUGUACUGGGAUGCGUGGGACGUCAUGGACUACCACCUAGAAACUCGGAAGCCAGUGCUGGGCCAAGCAGGGACCUUGGCAGUGGGCACCGAGGGGGGUGUGCGAGGCAGCGCCUGGUUCCUGCUGCAGAUCAGUCCCAGCAGUCGGCUCAGCCAGGAGGUUGUGCUGGACGUCGGCUGCCCUUAUGUCCGCUUCCACACUGAGGUGCACUGGCAUGAGGCCCACAAGUUCCUGAAGGUGGAGUUCCCUGCCCGUGUGCGGAGCCCCCAGGCCACCUAUGAGGUCCAAUUUGGACAUCUGCAGCGGCCCACCCACUACAACACCUCUUGGGACUGGGCUCGAUUUGAGGUGUGGGCCCACCGCUGGAUUGAUCUGUCAGAGCAUGGCUUUGGGUUGGCUCUGCUCAAUGAUUGCAAGUAUGGCGCGUCAGUUCGAGGCAACGUCCUCAGCCUCUCGCUCUUGAGGGCACCCAAGUCCCCUGACGCCACAGCUGACAUGGGGCGCCAUGAGUUCACCUAUGCACUGAUGCCGCACAAAGGCUCCUUCCAGGACGCUGGUGUUAUUCCCGCUGCCUACAGCCUAAACUUCCCCCUGUUGGCGCUCCCUGCCCCCGGCCCUGCGCCUGCCGCCGCCUGGAGCGCCUUCUCAUUGUCCUCGCCUGCAGUGGUGUUGGAGACUGUCAAGCAGGCAGAGGCCAGCCCCCAGGGCCGCACACUGGUCCUGAGGCUGUACGAGGCCCAUGGCAGCCACGUCGACUGCUGGCUUCACACAUCGCUGCCGGUUCAGGAGGCAGUCCUCUGUGACCUCUUGGAGCGGCGUGACCCUUCUGGCCCCUUGCCCCUUCGGGAUGCCCGCCUGAAGCUCACCUUUUCUCCCUUCCAAGUGCAGUCCCUGUUGCUCGUGCUGCAACCCCCACCGAAUUGAGUCCCUGAGGGUGGGGGUUUGUGGAAGGCUUUGAUCCUUAUUUUUGCAAGGAUCAGUCACCUCUUAAACAAUAAACCUUUGGCUCAGGAACCCA